GGGCAGGCGGCAGCGCGCACGCACGCUCUCUGCAGAACGGGGCGGGUGGGUGUGGCUCUCGCGAGACUUGAGGCGGGCUGGCGGAGGCGAGUUUGAACGGUGGCAGCGGUGGUGGCCCGGGGCGGGCGCCGGGCUAAGGUGGAGUAAUGGCGUAAAGGUUAAGUGAGGCUUAGAUGGACUUCUGAAGGUAAUAAAAGGAAGAAAAAAUGGAGACAGAGACCAUUUUAAGUCUUCGACAACAACUGAAGGAAGCAGAGAACGAGCGAAGAAAGGCUGCGCAGUAUGGCUUACACUUACUGGAGUCUCAGAAUGAAGUUCAAAAUCAGUUGGAUCAAAUGCGUCGGGAGUUAACUGAGAAGACUGAGCAAUUUGAACAAGAGAAAUAUUCUCUUCAAAGAGAAAUCGAACUUAAGAAUAGGAUGUUGGAAAGCCUGAGUUUUGAAUGUGAUGCCCUCAAGCAACAGCAAAGUGUGCAACUGGAUAAACAGAAAGAGCAGCUUGACAGAGUUCAUGGACAAGAAAUCAGUGACCUUAAAUACAAGUUGGAGAACCUGAAGGCAGAACUGGAUGAAACCCGACUCUCAGAGAAACAAUUGAGACACAAAGUGGAUCAUCAGAAGGAAAUAAUUGCUGCCAAAUCAGAAGAGCUACACCUGAUGUCUGAACGUGUACAUGAAACCAUGUCUUCAGAAAUGCUCAAUCUUCAGAUGGAGCUCACUGAACUAGAAAGUGUGAAGGCCAGUGUUGAAGAAAAGCUGAAUGAACUGCAGUACAGCAAAGAACAACUAGAACUCAUAAAUAGUAACUUACGUAAUCAGCUGGAGCGUCUACAAGGAGAAAAAGAAGAGAGGGAAAAAGAAGUUGUUUCUUACUGCAAUGCACUAGAGAAAGCUCGUGAAGCUAAUCAAGAGCUUCAGGUUCAGCUGGAUCAUGUGGUGCAGCAGUCUUUGGACCCUACAAGUAAAGGCAAUUCUCUCUUUGCUGAGGUGGAGGACCGUAGGGCAGAAAUGGAACGACAGCUGAUCAGUGUGAAAAUAAAAUAUCAGUCACUACAAAAACAACAUGCAUUCACUAGAGAACAGUUGCAAAGAAUGAAGCUGCAAAUGGCUACCCUGCUACAGAUUAAAGGUUCUCAGGCAGAAUUUGAGCAGUUGGAACGCUUACAGUCAAUGUUGGAGCAAAAGAAUGGUGAAAUAGAAGAUCUUCUUGUGAAAGUGAGGCAACUAGAAAAAUUCAAGACUUUAUAUGAGAAUAUGGAAGAAUGUAGAGCUAGUACCAGCUCCAAAGGAGGAGAAUCUGAAGAUGGUUACUACGCAGACUUGCUGCAAAUGAAACUCGACAACUCAAACAAGGAAACUGAAUCCUUGAAAAAUGAACUGUCCUUGCAGAGGAUGAAAGCUUUAUAUGAGAGCCAAAGGGUUCUGGAAGUUGAAAGAAAACUCUUUGCAAAUGAGAGGCACUUGCAAGCUUGUCAGAGUGAGAACAUGAAUUUGCGAGUUAUGCUGGAUGAAUUAAAAAUGAAAUAUGAACCUGAAGAGUUACUUAAAGUCACUAAAAUCAAAAAGAAAAGAGAGAAGAUUCCAGUGGAUGCUACUUGUGAAUAUUUAGACAGCAAAAAUACCUCGGUAAAUGAAGUUCCUCUUGCUCAUCUUCCAAGUAAGGAAGAAACUAAGAUGACUUCAGAUAACUCGGAGCAAACUGAUUCUUCUUCCAAAAAACAAGCUCUUGAAGUAUCACCAAUAAAUAUAGCUCUUCAAUCACUGGACAAAGUCGUUGAACCUGAAAGAGAAAGAAAGAGAUUUAAAACUAAAGAGGGCAGUUUUGACACCUACGCAUCAUGCAGCAGAAGCGGAAGUAAUUUUUUGACUGCAAGUGCCCCCAGGUUAACAACUGAAUCCAGAUUUGAAGCUACGGAAAAUGAAGAUAAGAAGGAAAAUGUAAUCACGACUAAGAAGAAAACACAAAAGAAAAAAUAUACUACAUUGUAUGUGUCCUCCAAGCCAACUCCUGAAACGCAGUGUGCUCAGCAGUAGAACGUUCUGAAAGGAACAGGAAUAAUUUGGAGUCCUGCUUCAGCAGGAAAUAAACUUGUUGCACAUAAAUACACAGGCUCCUGACUUGGAUACUGACCUGCCUUGUUUAAUGAACAGUAUGACUGCAUUAAUGGAAUUUGCACGUUUGAUGACUUCUCUUUCCAGAGGACCCCUGUUAAGUACCCUGGCAACGUGACCUGAACUGUUGCCUGGUGCUCAGCCUCCAAGCACUUGUUAAUUGUUGUUUGUUUGAAUCGGUGCUGUUCUGUAAGAUAAGUACUUGCUAUGGAAGUUACCUAGUGUGAUAAAAGGGCUAACCCCAAGCAGUAUGUGCUAGAUAAUGGUGACCAGAAGGAAACAAAGCUGUGAGUAAUUGCUCCUGAAUUUCUUCCACUGCCUGGAUUCAGAUUUCUUAAUGUCUUUUUUCCCCUAAUAUGUAACUGCACCUUCGCAGUGAGGUCAAUCUGAGAGCUGAACGCAUGAAACUCUCUUCAUGCAAUUCAUGGGGUGGUAUUCUAUUGAAACUUUAACUGGUAGUAAAAAUAAACUUUGCUUUUUAUUUCUUCCUAAAGUUGAUCUGUUGCAUUGGAGACGAAACAUUUUUCUGAAACUGCCAUUUAUUUGAUGAGAGAGAUUUUAUAGCAAGCAUUUUGUUUGAAAAGUACAACUUAAUAAAAGCUGAUAAAUUGUGA